CAAAUCCAGGACUGAGCCGCGGACGUCCUCCCCGGCCGAUGCCAUGGAACUUACUUUUCUGAGGAAUAAUUAAUAAAGCGAGCCAUUUGUGCCGCUUAAGGAGAGGAAGAACAAUGUCAUAUUUACUACUAAAGGAAAGUUACAACUGAAUUUUGACAAUGCCAAGAUUAACCAUAUAUCUGAGUCUGUUUUGGAUGCAUCACUGAUCGACACUGCUGGGAGACAGGCAUCUCAUUUAAACAAGCACAGACCUUAACCUCACCAUGAAGACGAAUAUUAUCAACACGUGGCGGUCCUUUGUAAGUAUCCCCAAUGCAAUCGUCCCCGCUCCUGGACAGGAAAUCCGGCGGAUGGAAAACGGAGCUUGCAGCUCCUUUUCUGACGACGACAAUGCCUCUCUGUCUGAAGCAGAGAGUGAGGACUCUUUCUUUAGAAACGGCUCACAGAGAGGGCGAGGACCAUCCCAGAGGGAGCAGUACUUGCCAGGCACUGUGGCUCUUUUCAAUGUUAACAACAGCAGCAACAAAGACCAAGACCCAAAAGAAAAAAAGAAAAAGAAGAAGGAAAAGAAGAGCAAGGCAGAUGAUAAAAACGAAAAUAAGAAGGACCCAGAGAAGAAAAAGAAGAAGGAGAAGGAAAAAGAAAAGAAAAAGAAGGAGGAGAAAGGCAAAGACAAGAAAGAAGAGGAGAAGAAAGAAGUGGUGAUUAUUGAUCCUUCAGGAAGCACGUACUACAACUGGCUGCUUUGCAUUACUUUACCUGUGAUGUACAACUGGACAAUGAUUAUUGCAAGAGCAUGUUUUGACGAACUCCAGUCUGAUUACAUAGAAUACUGGCUCAUUUUUGAUUACGUAUCAGACAUAAUCUACGUUGUUGAUAUGUUUGUACGAACAAGAACAGGUUAUCUGGAACAGGGGUUGCUGGUGAAAGACAAAGUGAAACUCAUAGAGAAGUAUAAAGCCAACUUUCAGUUUAAACUUGAUGUCCUGUCAAUGGUGCCCACUGAUCUGCUGUAUUUCAAGAUGGGGUGGAACUAUCCAGAAAUUAGGUUAAACCGACUGCUAAGGAUCUCUCGAAUGUUUGAGUUCUUCCAGCGGACAGAGACAAGGACCAACUAUCCAAACAUCUUUAGGAUUUCCAACCUCGUCAUGUACAUCGUCAUUAUCAUCCACUGGAAUGCGUGUGUGUACUACUCCAUCUCGAAGGCCAUCGGGUUUGGGAAUGACACAUGGGUCUACCCCGAUGUGAAUGAUCCUGAAUUUGGCCGUUUGGCUAGAAAAUAUGUCUACAGCCUUUACUGGUCUACGCUGACUUUGACAACCAUCGGCGAAACUCCACCUCCUGUCCUGGAUUCUGAGUAUAUCUUUGUGGUAGUUGACUUCUUAAUUGGCGUUUUAAUUUUUGCCACCAUUGUCGGUAACAUAGGAUCUAUGAUCUCCAACAUGAACGCAGCCAGGGCGGAAUUCCAAGCACGAGUUGAUGCGAUCAAGCAAUACAUGAAUUUCCGAAAUGUGAGCAAAGAUAUGGAAAAGAGGGUUAUUAAAUGGUUCGACUACCUCUGGACCAACAAAAAAACAGUUGACGAGAAAGAAGUCUUGAAAUACCUACCUGACAAGCUAAGGGCAGAAAUCGCCAUCAACGUCCACUUAGACACGUUAAAAAAGGUCCGCAUCUUUGCUGACUGUGAAGCUGGUCUGUUGGUGGAGCUGGUGCUGAAGCUACAGCCCCAGGUGUACAGUCCUGGCGACUACAUAUGCAAGAAAGGGGACAUCGGGCGAGAGAUGUACAUCAUCAAGGAAGGCAAACUUGCUGUGGUGGCCGAUGACGGAAUCACCCAGUUUGUCGUGUUGAGUGAUGGCAGCUACUUCGGUGAGAUCAGCAUCCUCAACAUCAAAGGCAGCAAGGCUGGCAACCGAAGAACAGCCAAUAUUAAAAGCAUUGGCUACUCAGACCUGUUCUGCCUCUCAAAAGAUGACCUCAUGGAAGCGCUUACGGAGUACCCAGACGCCAAAACUAUGCUGGAAGAGAAAGGAAGGCAGAUCUUAAUGAAAGAUGGUCUACUGGAUUUAAACAUUGCAAAUCUGGGCAGUGACCCCAAAGACCUGGAAGAAAAGGUCACACGAAUGGAAGGCUCAGUUGACCUCCUGCAAACACGAUUUGCCCGCAUCUUGGCUGAAUAUGAGUCGAUGCAGCAGAAGAUCAAGAAAAGGUUAACCAAGGUCGAGAAAUUUCUGAAACCACUUAUCGAAACAGAAUUUUCAGCUCUCGAGGAGCCUGGAGGAGAAAGUGAGUGAGCCCACAGAGUCUGCAUGGGACUGAAAAGCUGGACGUCAACAGAAGCAUGCACAUCUCGUAAUCUUCAUGAGCACUUGGCCAGAAACAACUGUACAGUGGAAGAAACAGAUUCGUCUGGGAAGUUUUUCUACGGGGAAAAUGUGUGUGGCUGGAUGGCAUAAAGCCGUUGUGCAAUACUACAAUUAAAGACUCAUCUAGCCCUGGGAUUUUUCACAAUGGGUCGUGUGCAAGGACUGGACUGAUUACUGUGUCUGUGACAGGAUAUGCUUCCCCCCCACAGAUGCCCCUUUUCUGUAAUAAUCUUUGUAAAAGCGAAUCAGUAUUUCACACUUUCAAGCCGCUUGCAUUGUUGAGGAGUCUGUUCAGUGUGACUGUGCACACUGUGUUUGAGAUACAGUUUUAUGAAGAAUUAGGAUGCAAUAAAGUGAAACUGAUUACAAA